AUGACUACUAAGGUUCCUCACGGAGGAGCGGUUGCGAUUCCGGCGGAUCAGCAGGAGCAGCUUCCUUGUCCUCGCUGUGACUCAACCAACACCAAGUUCUGUUACUACAACAACUACAACUUCUCACAGCCUCGUCAUUUCUGCAAGUCCUGUCGCCGUUACUGGACUCACGGAGGUACUCUCCGUGACAUCCCCGUCGGAGGCGUUUCCCGGAAAAGCUCCAAACGCUCCCGAACUUACUGCUCCAACGCUGUUUCCACGGCCAUCGGAAGCCGGAACUUUCCGUUACAAGCGACGCCUGUUCUGUUCCCUCCUUCGGCGGCGAAGGGAAGCGCGUCGUCGCUCUACGGCGGAUUCACCUCUCUGCUCAACUUCAACGCCGGCGCGAGCAGACAUGGGCCUGGUGGCGGCUUUAAUGGGCCAGACGGGUUUGGGCUUGGGCUUGGUCACGGGUCGUUUCUCGAUGACGUCAGAUAUGGGCAGGUGUGGCCGUUUUCGAGUGGCGCUGCUGAUGCCACGGCUACUACUACGAACCACGUGGCUCCGAUACCCGCCACGUGGCAGCUUGAAGGUCAAGAGAGCAAGAUCGGGUUUGUGUCUGGAGAUUACUUAGCGUGA